UCAGCAGAUGGCGUCAUGUCAGCCCUCCGCCCCCUGCCACAGAUGUUUACUUCCCCGGAGGGAGAAGCUGGGAGACAUCCACAGAGAGCGGUCACAGUGUCGUGGAUAGACGGCGUCAUGCGGUCCUUCUCACCGCUGCUGCUGCUGCUCGCUCUGCUGCGACCCUUCGCCGCCUGCGGAACCGACUUCGUGCAGCGGUGCGACUCGUCCACUGCUGGCACCAUCUACCAGUACAAUGCAAGGACUCUAAAUGGAAGUCGCGCUGUGAACUUUGGCGACUUCGCCGGCAAGACUGUCCUUUUUGUCAAUGUCGCUACAUACUGAGGGUUGACUUUUCAGUAUGUAGCACUGAAUGCACUGCACGAGGAGCUGAAACCCCUCGGUCUCACUAUUCUAGGCUUUCCCUGCAACCAGUUUGGCAAACAGGAGCCGGGGACGAAAAGUGAAAUCCUUUCAGGCUUAAAGUACGUCAGACCAGGCAACGGAUUCGUUCCAAACUUCCUGCUGAUGGAGAAGGGUGAUGUGAAUGGCAAGAACGAGCAACGGGUUUUCACAUUCCUCAAGAGCUCCUGCCCUCCAGUCGGGGACGACUUUGGCGCCCCUUACGGCAGGCUGUUCUGGGAGCCUCUCAAAAUCAACGACAUCAAGUGGAACUUUGAGAAGUUUCUGGUGGGGCCCGACGGAAAAGCGGUGAUGAGAUGGAACCCCCGUGUCGACAUGUCUACGGUCCGAACGGACAUCCGCAAUUACCUUCUGCGACUCUACACGCAGGAAUUGCAGAAUUAAAAGCGAUAUGUGCUUAAUUUUGUUGUUUUAAGUGAUGUAGCAAUAGUUCACGCACAGAUGUAAGGUAGCAGAUUGGAUGGUAAUGUGACAGUUUCUGAUACAUGAAGAUGGCAUGUAGAAUGAAGAGGAGGCUUGAAAACAGGAACUCUGUGGUGCCUCCUCUGAGUCUGGGGGUGCAGGAAAGCUUUUCAGUGCAUUCAAGCUGCCCUGCAAUCCCACAGCACCAUGGCAUCUUCUCAUCCCAGGAACUGUUUGCCAUUACAGCAAAAUCUCUUUUCUUUUCUGUUUCUUUUUAAGCUUCAAUAAAUCAUUAAGAAAGCCA